GCGCCCGACACCACCAUGUCCUUGUUGGUGUCCCGGCUCGGCCGGGCCGCGGCCGCGCGGGGCUGGGCGAGGAGCUCCGGGCUGGGCAGCGCCGCGCUGAGCUCCGUCCGGCCCGGGGUGAGUGCGCUGGGCUCCGUCCUGCUGGGGGCAAGAAUCCACACGAGCCCUGAGCAGAGCCUGCAGUAUGGGUGGCUGGCCUAUAUGUUGGGAGAAAGGGCCAGCAAGAAGUUCACAGAGCACAGCAAAGUCUUCACAGUGGAGGGCAAUCUGUCCUCUGGGAAGGGCAAACUGGCCCAGCAAAUAGCAGAAAAACUGGGAAUGAAGCACUUCCCUGAGGCAGACAUCCACUACCAGGACAGGAUCUCAGGGGAUGGGCAGCUGCUGCCUGAGAAGUUCAAUGGUUUCUGUAACCUGGAGAAGUUCUACACAGACCCCAGGUCUCCCGAUGGGCACUCAUACCGCUUGCAGUCCUGGAUCUUUGGGAGCCGUGUCCUGCAGUAUGCCGACGCAUUGGAGCACCUGCUCAGCACAGGUCAAGGUGUGGUGCUGGAGCGCUCUCCCUACAGCGACUUUGUGUUCCUGGAUGCCAUGUUAAAGCAGGGAUAUGUCCACAGGAGAUGCCUCGAUCACUACAAAGAGAUCAAGGAGAUCAGCAUUUCUGAGUUGCUGCCACCUCACCUGGUCAUUUAUGUAGAUGUGCCUGUCCCAGAGGUGCAGAAGAGGAUUCAAGAGAAAGGCAAGCCAUAUGAGAAAAAGGUGUCUCCUUCCUAUCUCCAGAGCAUUGAGGAUGCUUACAAGAGGACCUUCCUACCAGAGAUCAGUGAGAGCAGUGAAGUUCUGCAGUACUCAGCAACUGCAGCUGAGGACGUGGAGAAGGUAAUUGAAGACAUCGAGUACCUGAAGUUUGACAAGGGGCCAUGGGUGGAGCAAGAUGAUGUUUCUUUCCAUCACUUGAGACUUUAUGUGCAGGACAAGUCUGCAGUGCUGGAUUCUGUGUCCGUCCCGAGCUUCGUCCCCGAGAUCACCAUUGGCGGCUCCCAGUACGACAAGAUCUACUACGAGUACCGAGCGCUCCCUGGGCGCAAGUACAGGCCCGGCUACAACGCUGACGCUGGGGACAAGUGGAUCUGGCUGAAAUGAAAUCUGUUCCUGCUAGAACCCUGGCAAGGAUGGACCAUGGGACCUCAGGGAAGAGGAACCACGUUCAGUGCACCUGUUCCACUUGUAUGUCACUUGUAUGGCACCAAGGAAACGCUGCUUAAUUCAUUUUCCAUCCCCAGCAGAGGGGAGUAGACUCCCAGAAGGAAAACCAUUCUUCAUUGUUUUUCCCUGAGAAACUCAGGGGUGUUGGAUGGUCAGUGUGGGAUAGCCAAGUGAGCUGGGGCAGACUCAACAUCAGAGCUGAACUUUCUCUUCCUCAAGACUGUGGCCUAUUAUUAUCCAGGGUUAUUGUUGUACUGCUGAUUCAAGAGAAAUUAAACCUGUACCCUCUUGGCUCUCACAAAGUUAA